CGCCAAGGGGCACGCAUGCGCAGAGGGACGAGCCCGCUGACAGAUUCUCGGUGGCGGUGGCGGCGGCAGCGGCCCUGGACUGCGGGGAAUGGGAAUCCUAGGUCUUUGAGCACCGCCCCCGCCUCCCUGCCCGCGACAUGGCUCAGGAGAAGAUGGAGCUGGACCUGGAGCUGCCUCCGGGCACGGUUGGGAGCUCGGCGGAGGGCGGCGGCAGCGGCGGCGGCGGCGGCGGGGGCCUCAGGAGGUCUAACAGCGCCCCCCUGAUCCACGGCCUCAGUGACACUUCGCCGGUGUUCCAGGCCGAGGCGCCGAGCGCCAGGCGAAACAGCACAACGUUCCCGAACCGCCACGGCCUGCUACUACCGGCCUCCCCCGUCCGCAUGCACAGCAGCCGCUUGCACCAGAUCAAACAGGAGGAGGGCAUGGACUUGAUCAAUCGAGAGACCGUCCACGAGCGCGAGGUGCAGAACGCAAUGCAGAUAAGCCACUCCUGGGAGGAAAGUUUCAGCCUGAGUGACAACGACGUGGAGAAAUCCGCCUCCCCGAAACGCAUCGAUUUCAUUCCGGUGUCGCCAGCACCGUCACCCACCCGGGGAAUUGGGAAGCAGUGUUUUUCACCAUCCUUGCAAAGUUUUGUGAGUAGCAAUGGAUUGCCUCCAAGUCCUAUUCCCAGCCCAACGACCCGAUUUACUACCCGGAGAAGCCAGAGUCCAAUUAAUUGCAUUAGACCAAGUGUUCUUGGACCAUUGAAAAGAAAAUGUGAAAUGGAAACUGAAUAUCAGCCAAAGAGAUUUUUCCAGGGCAUCACCAACAUGCUUUCUUCUGACGUUGCACAGCUGUCAGAUCCUGGUGUGUGUGUAUCUUCCGAUACCCUUGAUGGAAACAGCAGCAGUGCCGGAUCUUCUUGUAAUUCACCAGCGAAAGUCAGCACUACCACCGACUCUCCUGUGUCACCUGCCCAAGCGGCCUCUCCAUUUAUUCCAGUAGAUGAACUUUCAUCUAAGUGAUUCACCCACCCAUCCUGAGACUCGGUUUUGUUUUUGUCUUUGCAAUGGAGAGAAAAAUGAAGUUGGAACAAGCACUGAACUUUGUCGAUUAAUUUGAGGCUAUUUCCUAUUUUAUCAUUUUUCCUUUUUUGGAAUUUCCUGAAAUGUUGGUAUUCUAGAGAACUUUUAUGUCAGAUUCCUGCGGGUGCCCUUGAAUUCAGUGUAGUAAUAUUUUCAGACGUUUUCCCAAUAAGUGUGUUGAAGCAUACAUCUUUACGCUGCUAAUAUGUCUAAAUACAUAUGUUAUCCCUUGAUUUUUUAAAAUAACUGAGAGCUCUAUUUAUUUAUGCGAUUAUUAAGUUCUGAUGCAAAUAUAAAUGUUGAAUUAAUCAGCAUAGUAAACUGAUGUUUUAAAAUUCCCUACUUCAUGCCCACACUAAUUUUUAAUGUUAUUUUCAGUGAUUGCUAAUUUCUAUUUGAUGAAGAACAAUAACUUACCUAUGUACAGGUAUUUUUAAAAUGUUAGUUUUAUCCAUCCAGUGGUUGUCUGUUUUACCCAGGAAUCCUUGAAUAUUUAAUUUUCUGGGUACAGAAGUGGAUGGGGGAUGGUGAUAAAAGAACAGAAUAUAAAAGUUUGCAACAAAUCUUUUAAAAUUAAAUAUAUAAAAGUAAACAUAUUUAAAAAACAUUUUCUAAUGAAAUUUUAAUAGUAAUUCUAAUAAGUUGUACAAGUAUAACUACUAUACAGAAUUUUUUUUUUUUUUUUUUUUU